AUUAUGUUUGUUGAAUGAACGAAAUUCACUUUCGCGAAAACGAUAUCGUCCAUACUUUUCAGGACGCAUGUAUAGUACGGCGAUAUCAAUCGUAAGUGUCCGCGUAGUUAUCGGGUUCGACCUGGGUGCGUUGUAAUAUCAUCGCAGCACAUGUCGGAAGCGACAAACGCGUAGGUGGUUUCCAUUGAUCAAAAAAAGAGAACCGUCGGAGGUGUUGCGCGGUACAAAACUGUCAACUCGUACGAAUCUUGAUCGCCUGUCAAGGAUCUGACUCGGCACUGGGCAAGUGGCAACGGUGAUGGCAGAAAACAACCGGAAUAGCGAACCGACACGGCCGAACCGAAUGCGCUGACUAAACACUAAAUAUACACGCCCGAACGGAGAAAGAUACGACGACGAAAAACCGAUAAACAACUGUGGCGGGGUAGGGUAAAGAACGACAUCGAGUUCCGUGCGCGCGCCGACGUCCGCUCCACCCAUUCUGUCGCAGUAAUUGCACGCGCUCGCCAUCCGUCUCCGUGCAGGGCUACCGCGCGCACGCGCAGGCGCCUACUCACACGCUAUCGUUACAUCCGUAGACUGCGCACGUUCAACUCGUCGCGUCCGCAGUCUCGUUUCUGUUGUUCGCCUUCUUUGCUCGCCCUCACAUUACGCACGGCGACGCCUUCUCGAUACACUCGCAACCGUGUUGUACGCUGCGCUUUUUGCGUCUGUUCGAUCCCUGGGCUGACGCUCGUGCCACCGGUGCCGUCUUAGUAGUUGCUCGUUCGCCGUUUCUCCUACGUCGGAGGAACCGUGGUGCACCUGUGCAACAGUUUUCGGACAACCAUUCGGUCCCUCGUUCGUGCCGCUUACCGUUCUCGCCGUCCGCCGCUUAAGAGCUAUCGUGGUUCCGUGGACGGAGGUCAGCGGCAGCGACAGCGGUCGAUAGUGCCGUCGGCCACCACGUGAUCGCUAUUUUAUUACACCAGCUCCGACAGAUGGUUUCGUGGUCCGUUUGGUCCUUAAGCUUCCGAUGGUCUCAUGCGUCGUUUUACUGCGCUGUACCCCCCACCAUUCGUUGAACGCGGCUGUCCGCCAUUUUAUUUAUCGGUGCCACAUCAUCAUUUGCCGUUCAACUUCGGUCGAAGAGAGUCACUCUUUCGCUCGCGAUCGCACAUCAUUUUCUUAUGCCAUGUGCGUUCGUUAGAUCGCACACACUUCGUUUCGAUCGCUAAUACGACUUCAACGGUACCUUAGUAGCAUCCACCAUCAUGGAUCGCGUUGCAUCCGAGGACGACUUGGUCCCAGAAGGUGAUGAUUAUAACAAGGUAUUGAAUAACCUAAAGAGUUACUUACCAUUUAUAAAAAAAGUCAUUGAUGGCCAAGAUUUGGGUAUUCAAGAAGAGCACCUAAAAAAACUGAAGUAUCUAUAUGAAAUGGUCGACUCGAAAAGGUUGUCAGCAGAUAAACUUAAACCUUGCCAAAAAAUAGUUCAUUCUCUGUACUUAAAUUACAAUAAACGGAUAACCAAUGAUGAAGUUAAUAAUAUGAAUGAUUUUAAAGAAGUUUCACAUACAGAUAAAGGAGAAGAUAAAACUAAAUUUUCAGAAGUAAAAAUGCCUUCAAACAAAAGUGAUCAAAAAAAAGAAUGCGAGUACAAAGAUUUGAGUAAAAUAUCUGUAUCAAGUUCAAAAGAUAAUCUAUUAAAUUCAGUGGAAUAUCUUGAGAAAGAUAAUGUACCAGUCAUUGAAAAAUCCCAUGAAAAUAUUAAUAAUAGUGAGUCCACUUGUAUAAGAAAUUUAGAACAUGCUGAUAUUUUGCAUACUCAAAAUGAUCUACCAGAAUUCUCUGAUAGUCGUUUAAGACUCAAUAAGGUUAUUGGUUUUGCUGCUAAUGCAUCUAUUGAAAAACUUAAAACUUCUGAUACAACUAUCCCAAAUUCUGAACUUGCUAAACAAAUUUUUGAUGAAAUCACUAAACAGAAUAAGAAUAAAAUUGUUUGCAAUCAAAUGUUAAAAGGUAUUAACAUGAAUGAUAUUGAUAUAAACCACGUUAAAAAUGUCAUAGAAAAUAUUAAAAAAACAAUUGUUGAACCUAUUGAACUGCCUCCACCACCACCAGAAGAUCUAUUGGAGUUGCAAAAAGCCAGUGUCAAAUUUAUAUCAAGUGAACCAAAUGGUCAUAAAACCCAAGAUAAUGUUAUAUCAUUACGACCUGAACUUAAACCUAGUUCCAGUUUAAUACCUAAGUCUACAAGUAUUCGUGAAAAAUUAAAUAGUGAAAUAAAUAUACUGCAUAAAAUUGGUUCUUCAAAUGAACCCAAACAAAAGUUUAUUUCUUCGUUAAAACCUGGUACAUUAAUCGAUCUUGAAAAUUCAAAAGUAUCUCGUUCUUCAUUACAUAUUGAAUCUCUUAGACCAGUUAUUAAAUCAAGUGAUAAAAAAAUAGUUCUUCCACUUGCUCCUGAAAAGAUUGUUUCUCGUGAUCCAAGAAUUAAAAAAAAAAAUUUAUUGAAUUCUGAAGGUAUUAAUUUGUUACAAACAAGUGGACAACUGUUGAUUCCAACUAGUAUAGUACCUAACACACAAAAUCAUUCUUCAAGUACUGUUUCUUCAUCUGUUAUGCUUUCUGAUAUAAAUCUUUCAAAGUCUAAAGGAAAGGAUAUAUUUUCUCAACAGGAACCAUUGGUAUAUAAUGAACCUAAUAGUUUCCGAAAUCCAAUAAGUCAAACUAAUUUACAACCAUUUCAUAAAUAUACAGAAUAUAAUGGAAACCCCAGUAAACCUCAACAUAAAAUUUCCAAAACAUCUAUUCAUAAUCAAUUUAAACAAAAUGAUUAUGUUUUUGAUAAAAAUAAUUUGAGCCAAAUUCAAGUUAAUUCAGUAUACUAUAAUGAAACAACGAUAAAAUGUUGUGAGUUAAAUAGUAAUACAACUUCAAUGAGAAAUCAAAAGUUGAAAAAUGAGCAAAACAAACAAUUUCGUAGUUUUAAAGAAUUUAGAGAAGCUAAGUAUGGUAAAGUAAAACAUUCUAACCAUGAAUCUACCAAAAACAAAAUCCAUGAUUGUCAUCACAGCAUUAAAGAUGAUGAUACAUUUAAAAACAUUAAUAAAGCUGAUCUUAAAAGUAAUAAUCCUUAUACUAGUUUUGGAGCUGUAAAUGAUGUGAGUAGUAUUAAAAGUUUUAAAAUACCUAAAAUUAAACGUACUGAAGAAUUAGUUAAUAGUAUAAAAGAUAAUACAGAUAUCAAUUUUAAAAAUGGUGAAAUAAUAGAACAAAACAUGAAGAAUAAUCUAAUUAAAGAUAAUUAUACUGAUAGACAUACAAAAACUCCCGUUAUUAAAGAAAAAUACAUAACAAUUGAAACAACUAAAGAUGAUGUAGAUAAAGAUAAGAAAUCUAGUACAAUCAUAGUUAAUAACUCAAGUAAAGGUCUAAAAUUUGAUACAGUCGAAGACAAUAUUAUAAGAGACAUGCCAAUUGAAAUAAAUAAAGAUAAUAAUGAAAUUAAUGAUUUGAAAGAAGAUAUAAAUAAAGAUGAUACUAUAGAAAAAGAAUUAAAAACUAAUAGUAAUCAAGAUAAGAAUCUUGAAAUUUUAAUGGAAAGUGAUUCAAUGAUUAUUAAUGAAAUUGAUCAUAAUAUUAACACUAAACCGUGCUCUAAGGUUAAAAAACCUAAAAAGUAUUCUAAAGAAAAAGAAUUUGAAAAAAUUGUAAAAGAAGCAGUUGAAAGCUUAUAUAUUGAUGAACAUUAUCCAAGAAUUAGAACAAGAAGUUCUUUAAAAAAAAAUGAAGAAAGCCUGAUUAAAUCAAAUACACAAAAAUCAAAAACAGAAGAUUUAAACUAUGAACAAUUAGUAGUAAGAGAAAAUAAUAAGAAUCUUGGAAGUGACUGUAAUCAGGUUUCUGGCUCUGAUAUUAGUGGAUCAGUUGAAACUGAUCAAAAUACUAUAUCAUCCACAUCUAAAGAGCCACUUGAAGUUAAUUAUUCUGCAGAGAAUCACUUUUCUAAAGAAAAUACUGUUUCCUCUAGUGAGAUUAAUUCUACAGUUGAUAAUACGAGUACAAACAUUAAUGAAAAAGUUAUAUUUAACAUUUUGGCACACCCAGAAUUAAUGAAUAUUUUACAAGACAAAGGAAAAAUAACAAAACUUACUAAAUUGUUAGAAAGCUCUGAUAUUAAUACUAAUGAAGAAAACAAUUUAAACCAAGAACACAAACGUCCUAGUACAUUUAAAUUAAAAAAAGAAAAAAAAAGAUUACAAAAUAAAGUUAAGAGGAAGAAAAAAAGAGAAAAAAAGACUUAUGAUAAACAAGGUUUUUUUCUUGGAGAAAAUAGAAAUAAACUUGUUGGUACUAUAUCAAAUGAUAAUCAUUUGAACACAGAAGAAAACAUUGUUGAUAGUUCUUUUGGUAAUUUAAAUUAUAAUGAAAGUAGAAUUUUGGAAACUGAAGACUAUACAUCAGUUGAUAGAGUUAAAAAAAAAAGGAAACAUAAGAAAUCCAAAGAAAAAUAUCCACAUUUUGAAAUUCAAGAUAAAUAUUCAUGUAAAGACCUAAAAAUAGUGAUUUCAAAGUUCGAUAAAAAUAAUAAAAAAAGUGAACAUUUAAAUUCAAAAGUUUCUUCAAGUAAUGAUUUACAAAAUAGUCAUCAACCAACAAAUAAUAAAAAAAAUGCAUCUUUAAAACGUAAAAAACCCUUUUUAGGUCCUUUAAGUGUUAAAUUAGCUAGACAGAAAAUGGAAGCCGAGUUGAAUAAUUCACAGAAAGGGUUAGUUGAAAAUACUCAACAUGCAAUUAAGACUGAUAAUAUUAUUAAAAAGAAAAAAAAUUCUAAAUCUUUAAAAAAUUUUAAAAAGAAAGUUCUUGAUUCUCAAACAAAAACCACUAUGUUAAAAGAACCCUAUGUUGUAUUAAAUCCUUAUGAAUGUUCUUCUAAAUAUCCUACGUCUAUUAAGGGUUCUAUUGAUACAACUUUCCAGAAUAAACCACUUGAAGCUGAGCUAAAUUCAAUUACAACAACUUCAACUGAAUCAAACAUUACUGAUGUUAAAUCUAGAAAACCUAAACCAAAAAUGACGGAAUUAGAUAAACUUCAUGCUGAUAUUAAUGAAAACUGUGCAGCUGUGUUAACUAUUUCUAAUGUUCGACACUGUAGAAAAAAUAAACUAGUUGAUUAUGUCAAUACUAAUACUCCUAAUACUUUAACUUUGUCAAAGAAAAAGAGAUCUUCAAAUAUAGAUUUGAAUGAAGAUGAAAAUUCUUUAGAAGUUUCUAAAGAAAAGAAAGGUAAAAAAUCUACAUUUGAAUUGAAUAAAAACGAAAUAAAUACAAAAAAAAAGAUGUCACAUACUAUAGUAAAAACUACGAUAUCUGGUAAACGGUCAAAUAUUUUACAUCCAGAUAAUCCUAAUAAAAUAAAUUUCAAUAAAUCAAAGAAAAGUAAAAAGAAAUUGAAUUUUAAUAAAAAAUCUUCAGUUAGUAAUUUGUUGACUGAUGAAGUAACAACAGAAGUAACAUCAAAAAUAAUAACAGAUGACGAAUUUAUUGAUAAAUUUUAUUUUCAAACCGCAGAUAAUUUAUUAGAAUGUAAAUUUUGUCAUUAUAAAGACACAGGAUUAAAUAUUGUUCGCCAUUAUAAAGAAAAACAUAAGGAUGAAGAAGUACUACCAUCCAGAUUGUCUAAAAAUAUUGCUGAAAUAUUAAUUAGUGAAUCUCUGAAAGAAAAUGUUGGGUUUAUAAAGUCUGAAAAAUUUGAAGAUACUAAAUUUACAAGCUAUAUGCCUGUAAAUAAUUGCUUUACAUGUGUUUUUUGUCAAAAUGUUUUUAAUGAUUUUAUUAAGUUUUAUGAUCAUAUCACUUCUCAUACUGGAGAAUAUAGAUACAAAUGUAAAAUGUGUGAACAAAUUUAUUCUAAUGAAGAUGAGCUAGAAAAACAUAUUUUGGAUCAUUCAGACUAUGAUAAAACUGAUAGAAUUUCGUAUUUAUUAUAUCCUGAUCCUGUUCAGAAGACCAAAAUGUUCGGAUACCUUUGUUCAUUUUGUUAUUUUGUUCAACUUGAUUAUAAUAAUAUUGUGAAACAUAUGCAAUAUAGACAUUGGGUUGAAGAUGAACAAAGUAAAGGUCGUUGGAGUAUUAUACGUGUUAGUCUAUCAGCUGAAAAUGAAAAUAUUACCACUUCUGAAAUUGAUAGUAAGAAGUUGAUUGGAUGUUUACCUUCUGAAUCAUUUUAUCAACAAAUUCAGAAUACUGAAUCAAUAGAUCCAGAAGAUACAGAAGAUUCAGAAGAUCAAAUGUCACAUAUAAGUGUAUCAGAACUUAUUGCUCAAGCUAAAAAGAAAUUGCAAGAUAAAACAAUAUCUAUAGAUAAAUUACCAGUUAAUUCAGCAUCUAUAAAGGAAGAACAUCUAGAUUUAUCUAAACUAAGUAUUCAAUUAUCACCCAGACAAAUAGAUCAAUCUCUUGAAAACAAAAACAGAUUUAAUGUAAUUAAUCCUGGGAUUGAGAAUGCUGAAUAUACUUUAAAAGAAAAGUCUACCAAAUGCAUAGUUGCUGGUUUAAGUUGUGAAAUAAUAAAUUCAGUGUUAUUGUAUAAAUGUUCUGUAUUAAAAUGCCAUCAGAAUGCAUUUUCUACAGUAGUCUUGGCUGAUUUUUUCAAGCAUAUUGAAUUAAAUCAUCAAUUUUUAAUUUGGAACAAAAUGUGUGAUUUAUGUGGUGAUAAACUUCAGAUAAUGUGUGAUACUGAUCAAUAUUAUUUGAAAGAUGCUUUAGAACAUUUAAUUUCAUAUCAUUUGGUUUUAAAGAAAGAUGAACAAUCUACCAUCUGUUUAAAUGAAAAAUUAUCUUCACCUAUUAGUCAUCAAGUUUCUAUUCAAAAUUCAACUACUGAAGAGAAACCAAAACCGUUGAUGACGUUAAGAGUUCGUUGUUUACCCGGUGAUAAAUUAUCUUUACGUGAUGAAAUUAUGAUGAAAGAAGAAGAAAAAAAUUUGAAUCAAGAUGUCCAUAUAUUUGUCUUAAAAGAUAACUGUAAAUAUGGUACUGUGGGAAGCAUUAUAUGCGAACCAUUUAAUAAUAAGUUAUUGUUCAAAUGCAUGGAUAAAUUGUGUCCAAAUAAAUUUUCAACUAUAUCCUAUGAGGAACUUCUUAAGCAUAUAGAUUUAUAUCACAAAAAUACCAGUUGGGAUAGCAUGUGCAAUAUUUGUGGAUAUGGAUUGUGGAGAGAUUUGAAUCACCUGUACAUGAGAAAUGCUUUAGAACAUUUGGUUUCAUAUCAUUUAAUUGAAAGUCAAAAUACCAAAAUCAUAACAUCUUCUAGAACUGAUACUUCAACAAUUACCAAUGAUGGUUUACCUGUUAGUAACAUGCUUAAAAAUACAAAUUCUGGCAAAGAAAAAGAUGAAAGAGUAAUUGAAAAUGUCUCAGAAGAAAAUAUUGUGGAUACAUUUAAGCAACCCAGUCAGGUUAUAUUCAGUAAUCCGUUUGAAUCAUCAGCCCACCAAGCAAACAUUGAUGAAGUGUCUGAUAAAAAUGUUCCAGUAUUAAAUCCAACAGCUAUGGACAUUGGAGAAGUUGUUAAUUUCCCUGAAAUUAAUCCUAGUGAACCAUCUUUUAAUGUCAAUCUCUGUUUACCACUAAAUAUGAAAGUAGUUUGUGAAGAUAUACCACCAAAUCCUAAUAUAUAUCUUAAACCUGGUCAACAAAUUGUUAACAAUGGAGAACCUAUACAGAAUUCUUAUUGUUUAAUUGACACCAGUUAUAAAAAAUCUUACUUAAAAAUAAUACGAAACUUGCCAGUUAAUGUAAUGAAAACACCAUUAGCAUUUAACUACAUGAUGGCAUUUCCAAGACUUUUGGGUCUUUAUAAAUGUUUAGACAGAUCCUGCACUAAAAUAUUUUCUGAUAAAAAGUUAUUUACAUUACAUAUGAAAUUGCAUUAUUCAAAUAUGGAAAAGAAAAAAAAAAACCAAAUUUAUAAUACUGAACAGUUCAAAAAAUGUGCCUAUUGUUUUAAAUCAUUUGAUGAUGAAAAUUCAUUAGCUGAUCAUAUUGCUGAAAAAUAUACUUAUUGCAAAUAUUUUUGCUCAUAUUGUUUUUACCGUGCAUAUGAAGCUUCUCAUGUAUUAAUUCACCAGAGUAUAAUUCAUUUUCAAUCAAUUCCUUCAAUUUUACAUCUUGAAUACAAAGACCGUGAUGAAAAUUCAAAAGAAUUACUAUUGGCAGUAGACUAUAAUAAUUUUAUAUUGCCUUAUCGUUGUGACGUUGGGGGUUGUCUUUAUGAAUCUUAUUUACAUGACGAUUUCUUAAAACAUUUAAACGUAAAGCAUCAACAAUGUGAUAAAUUUUGUUGUUACAUUUGUGCUAGUCAAGAUAAUGGCGAAGGAUUUAUUGCACUCCAGCCAAAAUUAAUGAUUUCACAUUUUAAGCUGCACAACAUAAAUGUAUAUCAAUGUAUUUUUUGCUUGCAUGGUACUGAAAGUACUGAAUCAAUGUCAAAUCAUUUAGCAAUGGAACAUUUUGAAUAUAAACCUUUAUGCUUAAAGCGUUCUCCAGUAUCUGAUACUUGUUACAUUAUAAAUUCACAGGACAUUUCAAAAAUUAAAAAUUUGAAAAUUAUGAAAUUAAAUAAAACUGUUGAAAAAGAUUGGGUAAAAAUAAUAAAUUCAUCCCCAGAAACAAGUUGUUCACCAGAAAUAUUAAAGAAAAAAACUCGAAAGAGACGUUUAAAAUGUUCUGAUGUCUUGUCAACAGCCUUAAAAUCUGUUAGUGAUGAUAAAAAUGUUAAACCGGCAGAUGCAAUUAUUAUAACAGUUCCUGAUAGAGCUCAAAUGACUGAAGAUAAUAGUACAUCAAUAACCUUACCUAUUGAUAAUGAAUUCAUAAUUCUUGAUGAUGUAAACCAAAACGAUAUGCAAGAUCCACUAAAACUUGAUUCUGUUUUGUCGGAAACCAAAAAUAAUGAAGAGGAGUUGCAACAAUCUAAUGAUGAUGUUAUAAUAAUUGAUGAUGAAGAAGAUUUAUUAGGUAAUGAUACAUUUAAUAUAAAAGAAAAGAAAGUUCCUACUAAAAGAAAACAUUCUUCUGAAGAAACAGUUGAUCAAUCAAAUAAGGUUAAAAGAUUAGCUUUUCCAACUGUUGAAUUGGAUAAAUUAUUUAAUUGUAAAGAAUGUGAUCAAACUUUCUCAAACAGCAAUGAUUAUCAUAUUCACUUAAAUAAGUGUCCAUUUUGGAAUUUUGAUGGUCAGAAAUGUAGAUUUUGUUCCAAAAUAUUUAAAACAACAUUUAAUAUGAGUGAACAUGUACAACUUCAUGGACCUAAUCGUUUCAAAUGUUGUUUAUGCAACUUAAAUUUGCCAUCUCGUCGAGCUAUUGCAUUCCAUAUGAGAAAUAACCAUAAAAUUUCAAAUUUAGAGUUUAUACCUGAAAUCCCUGGAUUAACUAAUUUGGAUAAAGAUACAUUUGUUGUUGCAGAAAAAAAAAAUUUGACUAAUAAUGAACACAAAGUUAAUCGUUGCAAUGUUAAUUUUAAGUGUGGUGAGUGUUCAUUUAAAGGUAACACUCGGAAAAUUGCAGUUUUGCACAUGAAGAAUGCUCAUAAUAUUAAUGAUUAUGAGAUAACACCAGUGGAUUCAUCAUCAAUUAAUACCCGAGAAUAUUUAAUUCAAAGAAUGAAAUUUAUCAAUGUCCUAAUGCCUCAACAACAAAGUACAACCAUGAAAAUAAAACGUAAUAAUGGUAGCAAUAAAAAAGCAUCUUCAAAAACAAAAGAUAUCACCCAAGACAAAAAAAAAACCUUAAUGUUUAGUCCUAAUACUAUUGACAAUAUACCAAAGUCACAUAUUUUUACUGAACCAAUUGGCUGUUCACUAUGUACUUAUAAUACAAAAGUACGAUCUAAUCUAAUUAUACAUUUAAAUGGACAUACAAUAGGACAAGAUGAUAUUACUAAAGAAAUUGUUAAUCCUGUACCAUCUAUGGGAAAAUCAGAACUUAUGUUUGAUAAGAUGAUUAAUCUAUCUGCCAGUUCAUUUGAUGCUAUGAAUACUCUGAAGAUGAAAACUGAUGAAAUUAAUAAGAAGAUUGUUGAAGUAGCUUUAGAAGACAAUUUAAAAAUUGAUUCAUAUCCUCAAUUUAUUUCUAAAAAUAUCCGCUAUAAAUGUUCAAUACCUUGUACUUAUACAUGUAUUACUGAACAUAUGCUUAAGUCACAUAUAUUAAUUAUUCAUCCAGAUUCUCAGUUUUAUAUAUGUCCUCAUUGUCCACAAAAUAGCACCUUAGCUAAAGUAGAGUUGAACCAAAUAGAAUUACAUUUAAUGCAUCAUAGUGAAAACUUAUAUCGUUGUCAAUAUUGUGAUUACAUUGACUUUAAUCGAAAUGAAAUGAGAGCACACAUGAGAAAAUCUCAUUUGCCUGAAAUUACUAAUACGAAUCAAUCAAACAUAAUUGUAAUUAGACAAAUGGAGUUAGAAGAUAUUAAUAUUGAUAGAAUUAAAAACCAAGCUCAAUCAACUGCAAGUCAAUGGAUAUGCAAUAUGUGUUCUUUUGGUAUUAAAUAUACACUAAACGAGAUAACAUCUCAUAUUUUUAAAGUUCAUAAAGUAUCAUGCAUGUUUAAAUGCCCUAUGUGUCAGUUUGAAAACAAUGAUGAUGAUGCAAGAGUAUUUGAACACCAUUAUAAGUUAAAUCAUCCAUCUGUGGCAGUAAAAUGUUUAAGAGUAUUUGAAAAGGUGACUGAUGAAGAAAAACCAGACAAACAACCUGUGAUAGCAGCAAACAUGCUGGAACAGCAAGCUUUAGAAAGUAUUGAACCAUCACUUGUACCUCCUACGUGUCGAGGAAUUCCUAUUGAAUCAAUGCCUACAAAUAAAGCAUCAAAUAAAUCAACAUCUAAGAGUCCAAAAAAAACAGCUAAAAAUUCCUCUCCACAUCAAGUCCACAAACAAAAAACAUUAGUAGAUGAUUUCAAUAAAGAUGAUAGUUUAGGAUAUAUUUCUUCAAAUGGACAAUAUACUUGUCCUAGAUGCAAUAUUUUUAAGACUAUGAAUAUAGAACAUUUUCGCGAUCAUUUAUAUAAAGAUGUCAAUUAUAAAACAUGGAAAUGUAUGAACUGUUUUGAAAUAUCUGAUUCUCCAAAGAAAAUGGCAUGGCAUGUUAAAAAACAUGGUGAUGGAAGCAAGUAUGAAAAAGUCGAAGAUAAUGAAAAAUUAAAAUGGGUUGAAAGGGUAAUUGAACAUCAAAAUAAAUUAUUCUAUGAUUUAAAGAAAAAUAAAAAACAGCGUACUCAAGGUCCAGAACAAAAUAAAACUGUAGUAGCUGAUAAAAAGACAAAAAAUUCUCCGUCAAAGAAAAAAAAUAUUGUAAACGAGAAAAAGAUAUUAAACCAUCCAAUUACUGAUGACGAUAUCAUUAAUCUUUUAGAUGACUCUGAUGAUGAAUAAUUUGGCGAUCAAAAAUUGUCAUAUUUGUAAGACUGACAAAAUGGCUGUUUUUAUUUUUUAUUAAUUAUAACUCAUUCCUAAAUAGAAGGAAAGUAAAAAAAA